UAUUAAUUCAUCACAUGUGAUCACCUAUACAUUGAUCAUCCCCACAAGAAAAAAGAAGUUUUCAAGAAAGCUUGAAUUGUUUUAAUCCAGAAUGGCUUUUCACCUCCUUACAAUUAUCUUAGUCAUCGUUGGUCUGCUUUCUUCCUUUGGUUCUUCCUUUGACCCAAGCCCAUUUCAGGACUUUUGUAUUGCAGCUAGUGAAUCCAAGGCUGCAGUAUUCGUGAAUGGGAAAUUUUGCAAAGAUCCAAAACUCGCCACAGCAGACGAUUUCUUUCUUGCAGGACUUAACGUUAGUGGAAAUCCUUUACCAGGAUUGGGAUCAUUUGUAAAUUUGGUAGAUGUAAAUCGACUUGCAGGACUCAACACUCUUGGCAUUUCAAUGGUUCGUGCUGAUUUUGCACCAUAUGGCCUAAUUCCACCCCACACACACCCUCGGGCCACUGAGCUUAUUGUUGUCACAGAGGGCACUCUUUAUGUGGGAUUUUUGGCACCUGACACUACAAAUCCAUUGAAGACUCGAUCUUUUACAAAAAUAUUGAGUAAAGGGGAUGUAUUCGUGAUCCCACAAGGAUUAAUUCACUUUCAGUAUAACGUUGGACAUACGAAUGCAACUGUUUUUGCUGCUUUUAAUAGCCAAAAUUCUGGGCUAAUUGUGGUUGGAAGUGAACUCUUUGGAUCAAAUCCACCACUUGUGGAUGAUGUUCUUUCAAAAGCAUUCCAAUUGGACAAGAAAAUGGUUGCAACACUUCAAGGAUUGUUCUCCUAGAA